UUUAAGUGCUGCUACUUGACUGUACAUUCUUGAUUUCUCUUCAAAGUUGCAGGCUUUAUUGGUGUGUGGUAUAAAUGGGUGUUCAAGAUUUGUGGGUGGUCAUCUUUGUUAUUGGGUUUUGCUUCCAAGCUCAGGUUUUGAGCUCUCAGAACCUGACCUGCAAUCUCAAUGAUUUGAAUGCAUUGGAGGGUUUCAUGGGUGGUCUGCAGAGUGCCCUUGGUAAUUGGGGCAGGAAUUUCUCUGAUGAUUGCUGUAAAUGGGCAGGUAUUACUUGCAACUCUUCCUUCUCUCUUGGAUUGGAUGAUUCUGUUGAUAGUUAUAGAGUGGUUGAGUUGGAUCUUUCGAGUAGGAGACUAUAUGGGAACCUUUCUGAAUCUUUGGGGAAUUUGGAACAACUUAGAGCCCUCAAUCUUUCUCACAAUUUCCUUAAAAAAUCACUUCCUGCUUCACUUUUCCAAUUACCAAACUUAGAGUACUUAGACUUGAGUUCUAAUGACUUUUCUGGCCCCAUUCCAGUCGAUUUCAAUUUACCUUCGAUUCUGUCACUUGACAUCUCUCAAAAUUUCUUGAAUGGUUCUAUUCCACAAAGCAUUUGUGUAAAUUCUACUCGGCUUCGGGUACUGAAGCUGGCUGUGAACUACUUGUCUGGUAGUCUUCCAGAAAGUCUUGGCAAUUGUAGUUCCUUGGAGGACCUUUGUCUCCUCACGAAUAAUCUCUCUGGUGGUGUACCUGAAGGUAUAUAUCAGCUGCAGAAUCUGACCAGAUUGACCAUUGAAGAUAACAAGCUUACCGGGCCGCUGAGCAAAGAAGUUGGUAACCUGAUCAACCUUACUCGGUUGGAUAUAUCAACUAAUUGGUUUUCAGGGACCAUUCCGGACAUCUUCCACAGCCUCCGGAGGUUACAGUUUUUUGUUGCUCAUUCCAAUAAUUUCAGUGGUCCGAUACCCCCUUCCUUGUCAAGUUCUCCAACCAUCUCGUUGCUGAAUGUGAGAAACAACUCAUUGGAUGGUCCAAUUGAUCUAAAUUGUUCAGCAAUGACAAGUUUGGUCUCUCUUGAUCUAGGUUCAAAUCAGUUUGAUGGGGAUAUUCCAUCUAAUCUUCCCACUUGCCGGCAUUUGAAUAAUAUAAAUCUUGCCAGGAACAACUUGGUUGGCCAAAUUCCUGACAGCUUCAAGGACUUUCAUACUCUCAGUUACCUCUCACUUUCAAAUGCCAGCUAUUCUAAUCUAUCAUCUGCCCUUCAUAUCUUACAGCAGUGUCAGAAUCUAACCACUUUGGUUCUCACCAUGAACUUCUAUGAUGAAGAAUUGCCAGCUGAUCCAAACCUUCAUUUUCCAAGGUUGAAGGUAUUUAUUCUUGCAAAUUCUCGGCUCACAGGUUCGAUACCCCAAUGGUUGAGGAAGAGCAGCAGAUUGCAGUUAUUGGAUAUAUCAUGGAACCGCUUGAAGGGUACAGUUCCAGCUUGGUUUGGCAAUUUUACUAAUCUCUUCUACUUGGACAUAUCAAACAAUACUUUUACUGGGGAGAUCCCGAGUAGUUUAACCGGACUACAGAGCCUCAUUGAUGGGAAUUUUUCCUCAGUUCCGGAACCUUCCCCUGAUUUUCCUCUUUUCCAGAAAAAGAAUGUAAGUGCAAGGGGAUUGCAGUACAAUCAAGUUUGGAGCUUUCCACCGACGCUGGAACUUAGCAACAAUAAUUUCAGUGGACAGAUCUGGCCAGAAUUUGGGAAUCUGAAAUCCCUUCAUGUAUUGGAUCUGAAGUGCAACAAUUUAUCUGGACCAAUUCCAAGUUCUCUUUCUAAUAUGGUCAGCUUAGAGACUUUGGAUUUGUCUCAUAACAAGCUUUCAGGGAUAAUACCCAGUUCAUUGAUUCGCCUCAGUUUUUUGUCCAAGUUCAGUGUUGCAGACAAUCAAUUAGAGGGGGAGAUCCCUAGUGGAGGUCAGUUUGGGACUUUCCCAAAUUCAAGCUUUGAAGGGAACAACAAUCUUUGUGGUGACCAUGCUCCUCCAUGUCCAUCCAAGGUUUAUACUGAUCUCGAUCAAACCAGAAAAUCAAGAAUGAAUGUAGGAUCUAUUAUUGGUAUAGCUGUUGGAACUGUAUUUGGAACAGCAAUGCUUUUUGCUCUCAUAUUCAUAAUUGUGAUUCGGGGACAUAGUCGAAGAGAGGUUGAUCCUGAAAAAGAGCAUGAUAUGGAAGAGAAGUAUUUGGAAGAACUUGGUUCAAAAUCAGUGGUUCUUUUCCAAAACAAGGAGAACAAUAAAGAACUCUCUCUUGACGACCUCCUGCACGCCACCAACAAUUUUGAUCAGGCAAAUAUCAUUGGCUGUGGGGGUUUUGGUCUGGUUUACAAAGCCACCCUCCCUGAUGGUAAGAAGGUUGCAAUCAAGCGCCUGUCUGGUGACUGUGGCCAGAUGGAUAGAGAAUUCCGUGCUGAAGUUGAAGCACUGUCAAAAGCUCAACAUCCAAAUCUUGUCCAUCUUCAAGGGUAUUGCACUUAUAAAAGUGACAGGCUUUUGAUAUAUUCUUACAUGGAGAACAGUAGUCUCGACUAUUGGUUGCAUGAAAAGCUGGAUGGGGCAUCCUGUCUAGAUUGGAAUACAAGGCUUAAAAUUGCUCAAGGGGCAGCAAGGGGGCUUGCUUAUUUGCAUCAAUCAUGCGAACCCCAUAUUGUUCAUCGGGAUAUAAAGUCAAGUAAUAUUCUUUUAGAUGAGAAUUUUAAAGCCCACUUAGCUGAUUUUGGUCUUGCAAGGCUCCUGCUUCCCUAUGAUACUCAUGUAACAACUGAUCUUGUUGGGACAUUGGGCUACAUUCCUCCCGAGUAUGGCCAAGCCUCUGUUGCUACUUACAAGGGCGAUGUGUACAGUUUUGGGGUUGUUCUUUUGGAGCUUCUAACUGGAAAAAGGCCUAUGGAUAUGUGCAAGCCAAAAGUAGCUCGGGAUUUGAUCUCUUGGGUGUUUCAGAUGAAGAGGGAGAAGAGGGAAACUGAAGUGUUUGAUCCAGUCAUUUAUGACAAGCAGAAAGAUCAGGAGCUUUUGUGUGUUUUAGAGAUUGCAUUGCUUUGCUUAAGUGGAUGCCCUAAGGUGAGACCUUCUACUCAGCAGCUAGUUUCUUGGCUCGAUAAUAUCAACAUCAAAAUCUAGCUUUUCUUUUUGUAGAUAAACCAGGGAAAACCCUGAUUGCAUGUACAUCUAGAGAUAUUACUACUUCUGAAAGAAGUUCAAUUUCUAUAUCUAUAAUGCUGUUUUGCUGUAAAUAUGAAUCCACACAAUUGCUUAUAUAAUGAGAAGAGUAUUUCCACAAUUCCUGAAUCCUUUGUGUUGGUUCAUGGAAUGGUAUGCAUGCAGAAAUGGUUCUCCUAUUGAAUGUGGGAAAAUAGUCUGCUAUGAUUUCUAAUGUACAAGGUUGUCCGUAUAUCGGUGUAUUUCUCCUUAUACUUUUCUACUUAUUUUAUGUAUUUGAUGUCAACAGUCAAGGUUGCAUCACUU